AUGCGGUUUAUUCAAACAAUCUUAAUUCUUCUCUCCUCGUCGGCAGCCCAUGCUAGUCGGUGCUAUUUGUGUUCGAAUAUUGAUGUAAAGGACGUCAUCAGUAACAUCCAGGAUACCGGAUGGAGGACUUGGUUAAGCCAGGCCGUCUCAGAUCCCCGAAUUAUUGAAUGUACUGAUCCAUUUCUGGUAAGAAAAGACCACGUUAUCGCUUUACUUUAGCUAGCCGGAAGCAGCAUUGAGAUCUGGAGCCAAAAGUCAAGAAUGUGAAGCAGGAGUUUGUCUAAAGAUGAGUAUCAAGGAGAAGGCAGGAAAAAGUUUUGUUUGGAGAAGUUGCAUACCAGAAUCAAACAACGAAAUUGCAGCUGAUUGCACAAAGGUUAUAA